AUGCACGAUUUAAUUUCAUAUGAAAAGUAUGACAAAAGACAGCAAAAGGAAGCCGAUGGCAGUGAUACCGGUGCUAACAUUGUGGGCAAUAGGCGCCAAAUUGUGAUCAAUGUCGGCAAUGGCGCCAACGGUGGUAAAGGUGGCGAUGGAGGGGCCGGUUAUAUCAGACACAGAGGCAAAGUCUCAAAGCAUGAGAGCCUAACCGAUGACAUAACUCAACAAAACGUCAAAACUGUCUCAAAGCAUGAGAGCCUAACCGAUGACAUAACUCAACAAAACGUCAAAACUGGUUAUAAACAGAUUUGGAUUCACGACAGGUAUCAUAUAAAUGGUCGUAAUGGUGAUGAUGGUGUGGCACCUGAUGAUAGUGUAGAUGCAAAUAGAGGCAAGAAUGUGACUUUAGGACCCGUUAGUCGGUGGCUUCUGUACCAAUUGGUAGCCUAUGCCAAACACCACUUGAGGCACCGUAUAGACGACUGUCAAUUCUUCAUAGUGGACCGAAUCAAGCGAUCUGACCAUGAAUUUGUCAAAAAACUCAUGGAUUCCCUGCGAUACCUACUACUGAUGACAGUGUUUGAGUGCAUCCGUUACGGCGAUCUCAUUAUCUCUCACGACAACUACAGCGUCCGACGGGUUGUCAAUGGGUUUGUACUGAUCCUGAUGUUCUUGUGUGUGAUCCGGGCGUACAGACAAGUGACUCAUACCGGGAAUCGGUCGGUCUCGUGGUGUCUGUGCUUUAUAGUCAAGAGUUGUAUCUUUCUGGUGAUACUCGAGUUGUUCAGGUAUUCCGAUGUCUUACUCUCGCAUAUCUUUCACGACAGCCAUAAUAGAGAUACCGAUCCCGAGAUACACAUCAGAGUGGAGGCGCUCAGUAAGAAAAGGUUACAGAAAUAG